AUGCGCAACAAAGACCACACGAAUGAAUGGAAGAGCCAGAGAAAGGAAAAUGCUAUUGAAGAUCGGUGGUCGGCUAAGUUUCGUAACGCUAUUAUUGGAGCCCUUGAGGCGUCCAGUACCAUUGAGGGCUACAUAAUGAGCGAUCUCCAUAAGUUGCCGAAUUUAUCAGCCCCUCCGGCCGAUCGCUCAACGGACCAAAAUUUCCCCAAGUUUGAAAUCCUUGCUUCCACGAUUGCACAACAACUCCCAAACAUUGUUUUACAAGCAAUUUCACCGGGUGGCGUGAUCGAUUUUACGUACCCCCGUUAUGAGAGUAUCGAGGGCAUCGACAUGUUCAAAGAAGAUUAUUACAAAAAUAUAUUUGGCGUUAGUCUUAAUGAAACUAUGUACAUGGGCAUUGCCACAUACAACGGCCCAUGGCACACUCAACUUCCCUCAGGUGAAAAGCUGUGGACCAUUCAGAUAUGCCAACCUGUGUACAAUGCGACGGGAAAGGAAAUAAAAGGACCUCUUGUCGAAAACUUCUGGGGAUUUGUGACUAUCAAUCUCAAUGUAAGCAAUAUCAUCCGCAAUAGUGCGCUUGAUGAGAAUAUGAAGGCAGAGGGUAUGGAUUAUCUCCUUUAUAGCAUGUAUCAGAACGGGACAGUGGUCAAGGUAGCGUCAUCUCUGGUGAACCCAACUAAUGAAGAGAUAUCUAUGUUCAUCAAGACUAGUACAGGAAAUUUACCGUUUCUACAUAGCUUCGGCUUUACCCUCGCUGUAAAGACCCACUAUUUGAGAAAAUUUGCCACUAAUGGAACUGUGACCGUCGUAAUUUCGUCGAUGUUGCUCGCAUGUGUUGUUCUAUUUGCUAUUAUGAGCGCUCUCAUCAUCUCUUAUACACAAGAAUAUGACGAGCGUAUGCAUGCGCCCAAGACACCACCGUUUGCGGUAUUAACAUUUGGUCCGACUAAUGGUGAGAAACUUUGGGGCUCGAGCUCUGACGAGAUGGACGCCAUUACGAAGAAGCUCAAAAUAAUUUUAGAUGCGAACGCUAAAAAUGCUCUCGCAUAUUCUAUCCCGCAGCUCCAGCCCUAUACCCACUCAUAUGUGUUUCGAAGGGUAGAUGAUGCCGUGCGCAUGGCCCUCGGUGUAAUGAGCGAACUCCAGCGUCGACCCAUCGACAAACCGAUGCAACGUCUGUUCGGGGAAGAAGGCCAGUUGUUGCUGGCUUACGCAGUGCAUUGGUGUGUGGAUGCCUCCGUUAGACCUAGCCCCUACGCUGGUGGUGGUUACCUAUAUGAGGGCCCUGAUGUUGUUAAUGGCGUUCGCAUGUGGAUAUUUGCAGUUCCCAACGUGAUAACCCUCAGUGAACCUGCCAUGGAGGCUCUCAAGAGGACGAAUCUUUUUUUUUCCACGGUGGAACAUUUUCGUCGCAUCGAAGUAAAUGAGCUUAACCAAUCUUUAUAUUUGAUGACUUGUAUGCUGUUUGACGGCUCUUCUCAGGUGGCUAUGCACCGUUCUUCAGGGGAUGGACUUACUCGAAAAAGAAGUCGUAUGGUAGCUGCUGAGGAACCAAGACCCUCACUAGAGCUGCCGAGUUGCAGUUACUACGAACAAUCUCUGAGUCCAGUAUAUGCUACCAAAGAGGAUUCGUUUAGAAGUUGCACUCCCAACUUAGCCGACCGGACUGCAUGCAAACGGUCCCCCCAAUGCUCUUCUACAUCCAACGAGCAAGGAGGAAAUCUAAGGCGGAGUCCGAAUAAAAUUGAAAUCUUACAGGAAUCAGAGCGACUUCAACAACCUACAAACAUUUAUGACCCCAAUGCUGCCCCGAAAUGCAAUGAGUUGAACUCUUGUUUAUCAUCUUCUCCACUAUGUGACGGAGGCCAUAUACAGAAGCACGAUGAUACCUACUCGACCCGCAAUAUUAGAAUCAACGUGCGUGUCAACAAUACAAAUGCUUCGCUCUCAAGUGGUAGUAACGUUCAGCAGCUUCCGUCGUCCCUACGAAACCAAGCUCUUAUGAUCACUUCCUACGAAAAUGAUGCUGUAUCAACAUUAUUGCUUCAUCCAAACAUACCUGCCUGGCAGAUUGCAGCCCUGCGCGCCGCCUUUGAAAAGCAAGCAAUCACGGUAAAGAUUCAGUUUGAAACUGUGAAACUGAUUAUUUAUUACUUUUAUUCAUGCUAUAAGUUGCUCUUCAGGCCACUUGCGUCGGCAGAGCGUAUCAACAUAUUUAGGCGCUUGGUAACCGUCUUCGGUGUGCCAGAGCGUGAUAUUCUGGAGAAUCUAGCCGCACGCUGUGUGAUUAGGUAUAUCAAGAAUCACGAAGAAUCUAAGGUCCUCUUGAGGACACAAACCCAUGGUGAAAAGGACCAACAGCGGCCACUCCUGUAG